UUAUUAUUAUUCCCAUUUGGGGCGUCUCCCCUGGGCGCUGAAAUCAAAUGUGGAGAAACGCCAGGAGACUCCCGACCACUUUAAUUCAAAGCCUUCGGGCCAAAUCCUUCCUUAGAGACUGAUCCAUUUGCUCCCUUUUUUUCGCUCCUUUUACUGCCUAGGAAAAAUUGUCUCCUUCUGUUUCCCAUAAGACCCCCCUAACUCUGUUUUACAUUGUUGUUUUUUUUUAAUCCCAUGUGCUUCCCAUUCUUUGCGCCGGUUUGAAAAUAUGCUUUUUAAAAUGGGAAUUAACUACUUUAAAGGGCCCUCCCCCCAUAUUUCCUUCCAGUUUGGGGGGAAAAGUGGCCCCACCGGGAUCCAACGUUCCCUGCAGACAGGCCGAGUGCUGGACCAGCUGAACUUCUGCCUGUCUUUUUCUGCCCUGGAAAAAUGGAAGGGUUCCCUCACUAAGCUCCUCCCCUCCCUCAUUUUCCUCCCCCCCUCCCGACCCCCACUAAGGGGGAAUCCCGCUGGGACCGACGGUUCCCCAUCUAUCCUUCAGGGGGCGUCUUCGGUAGCCUCUCGCGGCAGGUUUCCUUCCCCUCUGACAAGCCUGUGUCCCUCCUCUAGGAGAGUCUGGGAACCAUGGGUCCUGGAGUCCCUCCUGACCCUCUUCUUCAUCCUCCUCGUCCUCCUCCCCGCAGUCCCUUUCCUGUACCAGGGGACGUGCGAGUGCCGCUUCCUCUCCUCUCCCGGAGCUGGCAUCAAACACCUCCCUAAAAUGCAGCUCCCCCACCCAGACUGAAGGGAUUCCCCCCCCCCCAACUUUCUCCGGUUCUAUCUCGGCUUCGCACUAUCUCCUCUUGUGGAUGAACUCAAGACAGACUCUGCCCGGAGACCGAUGAUGAUGAAGAAGGGAGAAUUCCCAUUGGUCCUUCCGCUUUUCUGAGCCCUCCCAAUUCCAAAGUCCGAGGAAACCGCUUCCUCCCCCCAAGCCAGACCCACCGAUUCCGCCUCUGGGGCUGGGAGUCUCUGCGUCUCUCUCCCCGCUCUUUGGGGGCGCUGGUGGGGCGGCAUCCAUGGGCUCCGUUGGGGUCCCUCUUUUGUUGCUGAUGGGGGCGCUGGCUCGGAUCUCCGGAAGCGAAGGGGGGAAGGAGACGCCCGCCCAUUUCCUGUACCAGACAAAGCAUGAGUGCCAUUUCCUCAACGGGACGCGGCGGGUGCGGUUCCUGGACAGGUACUUCUAUGACCGGGAGGAGUACCUCCGCUUCGACAGCGCCCGCGGGGAGUUUGAGGCCGUCACGGCGUUGGGGAAGGUGGAUGCGGAGACUUUCAACAGGGAUAAGCACAAGCUGCAGUUCCGGAAGGCCCAAGUGGAUCGCUUCUGCCGGAGCAACUACGAGGUUGCCCAGAGCAAUUCUGUGGUUGGCCGGAGAGCUGGAUCCCACUUCCCCCAACACCAUCCUCCUCUGCACCGCGAGGGGCUUCUACCCCAUGGAGAUCGAGGUCCGGUGGCUGAAGAAUGGGCAACCGGAGGAGGGCGUGGCCUUCGGGGAGGAGCUCCAGAAUGGAGACUGGACCUACCAGCUCCAGGUGAUGCUGGAGACCCAGCCCCAGCGGGGGGAUGUCUAUGCCUGCCAGGUGGAGCAUGCCAGCCUGGAGACCCCCAUCACCAUCCAGUGGGAGCCCCGUUCCUCCAACUCGGCCAAGAGCAAACUCUGGACGGGGAUCGUGGCAGCCGUGAUCGGGGUGAUCUUCUUUGCCAUGGGGCUCUCCCUCCAUCUGAAGAGCAUGAAUGCAACUCCCAUCCAGCCUCCUGCAGCACUCAUGAAUUAAUCCUGCUGUUCUUCCUGAUUCCUGAUGGGAAAGGAUUUUUUUUUUCAGUAACUGAUGAAUAUCUGGUUUUUUUGCAACCUCUGAAAAAUGGAGGGUCAAGAUUUUAGAUUGGGGGGAGGAAGAGAAUGGCAGCCUGGAGCUUCUGCUGAGACCCCUCUGGCUUUCCUUUGAAGACCUCUCUUUCUUGCGAGGGAGGGGUGGAGACCAUCUAGACCAGUGGUUCUCAACCUUCCUAAUGCCGUGACCCUUUAAUACAGUUCCUCAUGUUGUGGUGACCCCCAACCAUAAAAUUAUUUUCGUUCUAUUUCAUAACUGUAAUUUUGC